AUAAGAAAAUGUGUUUAUGCUGCUAUUAUUAACAAUGUGCCUGUGGAAAGCGUCUCAUUUUUGUUAGAAAAAAUUUCUGAACUGUUACACAACACAGAACUGCAAGAAACACCUCACUCAUCCACAGUAAAUCGAAUGGCAUAUGAGCCAGGUGUUUUAGCAUUGGUUCAGGCUGGUGAGGCACUUUUUCAUUGUGAAUGUGCAACAGUAGUGUUUGAUGCAACCACCGUUUUAGACAAACAUGUAAAUGAGUUUCUUAUCAGUACCUAUCCUCCGCAGAGAUGUUAUUCCUUAUCAACCGCUAAACUUGCUGGAGGCACAGGAUUUGACUGUGCCACUCAUAUUGUCAGUGUAAUAAAAGAACUUGCCAAUACAUUUGCAGAGUUUAAAAAUAUGCCAGCAGUAGAAGUUUUAGAUGUUUUCACUCAAAAAACCAAAAGUUGUCUGUCCGACAGAGCGCCUGUUAAUAGUUGUGUGAAAAACAUGCUUCAGGAAGAGAUGGACAUUCAAUUAAUGCAACUGUACUGCAAUGUUCAUCCAUUGGAAACUAUUGCCUUAAAAGCAUUAUUAGCUCUUAAAACAAUAGAUAAUGAGUUGAAUAUAAAACCAGCUAAAGGAACUGAUGGGGUUGCAGUAACAGUCCUCAAAAAUAUUUCUAAGCUAAGGUAUAGUUUUAAAGCCGAUCCUGCAGCAUUCAAAAGCUAUCUUAAAAAAAACAAUGUUGCUCCAGGGCUAUUCCUUAGAUAUGUUGGUAGUAGAUUUCAUGUUUUGUUCCAUAUGGCAGGGAUUGUUGUUACAUACGAAAGACUUAUAAAAACCUUUCUUGAAAACAACACCAAAAAUAAAAUUUGCCAACUCUUACUUCAAGAUAUGAGUAAUGAUAUAACGCUUGUGCAACUGCAAGGGUUGGGCCUGAUAGGAAAAAUAAUAACUGGGCCAUGGAUGAGUCUGGUUUAUAAAAAUGCAACAGGAAAGAGUAAUCUUGAGUUUGGUGACAUUUUCCAGAAAGCAAUAAGGAAAUUAGCUUACUUCAAAAGUAAUCCAGAAUCAAUUCUUUAUACAGAUGUGGAUAUUUUUAGUCAAGUAUUAAAUAUCAAAAAAGAUAAGAUACACCAAUCCCUUCGUGUAAUAAAAAAUAAAAAUAUUUUGGUAAAGAUUUUAUCAGCUUUAAUAAACUACACAGAGACAGUUCUCAAAAGACAGAUGGCCAGGUAUUUGACUGGCAAUCUCUCAAAUCCAUCUAAAGAAAUGAUGAAAACCACACUAUCUACUCCACCUCAUACAAUGGAGGCUGAAAGGAUCUUGGGCAUGCUUGAUUUUUUUUUGCGUCGUGCUCCUAAUGCUACUUUUGGUUUUCUGGAUUCUAAAAUAAAAGCCAGGGUAAACAAAACAUUAACAUGGCUUGAUGAGAAAACAUUGCCAGAACAAGAAGAUCUUAUUCAAUUUGUAAUUCGCAGAGGAGCUUUAACGUGUCAAGCCUCUAAAAAUUUUAAUAAUCUUUUGUAUGAAGAAAUAGGAAAAAGAUGCGCCAAAGCUAAUUCAAAAAAAGAGCGUCUGGAAAGAAAGCGACUAGAGAAGGAUAUUAAAAGAGCAAUAGCUGAAAAUGCCAAAACCACAAAUCCUCUUUUUGUUAAUAUUGAUGAAAAACAAAAACGAAUUUUAAGAGUAAUUUUGAAAAAUGGAAACUUGAUAGGGCAGCUCUUAAGCCAUAAAUGGGAGCUAGAUGAUGGUAAUAUACAUUUAUUUUUUGGUAGAAUUGUUGAUCAAAAGGUAGCAACAAAAAAAAAUCUUUUACAUACACAAUAGGAUAUUGGAAAGUCAAUGAAGAUGAAGCUGAAGAUAUUGACAUAAGCCAGGAAGGAGUUAUAGCAGAUCUAAUACUUAAAGAGUUGGAGUUCAUUUAAAAAUUACUAUAAUAUAUUAGGCAUUAUUAUCUUUUAUUUUGUUUAAGUUGAUUAUUUUGUAUACAUUUUUAUUUAUUCCUUUUAGUUUUUAAAUAUUUUUGUAUUAACCAAGAGCAGGCACAGGGUUAUUUUACAUUUCAGAUACUGUACUUGGCAUUGUGAAAACUCUAAGUAUAAGUAUGUUCAAUCAUGUGUCAAAUAAGAAUGAUUUGCUAAAAAAUUGUG